AUGAAGGCGUUGACUAAAAUGGCUACUGGAACUACUUUGGUAACUCUUAGACUGCUGUAAAUUGUUCCAUGUGGGAUGACUCUUAAAGACAUCUUGUGUUUAAUUUCACAGCACAUUUAUUGAUGGGCUGAGGCUGUCACCAACGUCUUACCCUAUAUUGAAAAGUUGACAUUGGUACCAUGUCAUUGGUACCAUGAGGCUGUUUCCACAUGCAGGUUUUGGUUUUUUUACUCAUAAUUGCUGGUCUGCGCUGUGGUUACACACCUGACACGCAAUUUCAGAUCAGGCAACUUCAGGUUCCAACUCUUAAAUGGAUUGGCUGCCAUGGGAUGCAGGGCCUUUUUUGUCGUAGCCCCAGAGCUCUGAAACUCUCUUCCGAAGGAUGUCAGAUGAUCUCCCUCUCUGACAGCAGAAAAAGGUGGUUUUGUUUCCUCCCCUCUGAGUUCUCCACUGUUGCUGCUGCUGUUUUAAAACUGCCCAAAUAGGAAGAUGCUUUUCUUUCUCUACUGGGAUUUUGGAAGCUGGGGCCGGGGGGCCGGGCGCUUGUGGGAUUCCCAAUAGGGUAGGGCACCUGCUAUGCUUCAGCCCCAUCAAAUGGCUUUUGUUGGUGGGAGAUAUAUAGGAAUCAUCAUCAUCAUAAUAAUUUAUUAUACCCCGCCCAUCUGGCUGGGUUUCCCCAGCUACUCUGGGCGGCUUCCAAUCAAGUGUUAAAAACAAUACAGCAUAAAAUAUUAAAAACUUCCCUAAACAGGGCUGCCUUCAGAUGUCUUUUAAAGAUAAGAUAGCUACUUAUUUCCUUCACAUCUGAAGGGAGGGCAUUCCACAGGGCGGGCGCCACUACGGAGAAGGCCCUCUGCCUGGUUCCCUGUAGCUUUGCUUCUCGCAAUGAGGGAACCGCCAGAAGGCCCUCGGUGCUGGACCUCAGCAUCCGGGCAGAACGAUGGGGGUGGAGACGCUCCUUCAGGUAUACUGGACCGAGGCCGUUUAGGGCUUUAAAGGCCAGCACCAACACUUUGAAUUGUGCUCGGAAACGUACUGGGAGCCAGUGUAGGUCUUUCAAGACGGGUGUUAUGUGGUCUCGGCGGCUGCUCCCAGUCACCAGUCUAGCUGCCGCAUUCUGGAUUAGUUGCAGUUUCCGGGUCACCUUCAAAGGUAGCUCCACUUAGAGCGCAUUGCAGUAGUCCAAGCGGGAGAUAACUAAAGCAUGCACCUCUCUGGCAAGACAGUCUGUGGGCAGGUGGGGUCUCAGCCUGCGUACCAGAUGGAGCUGAUAAACAGCUGCCCUGGACACAGAAUUGACCUGCGCCUCCAUGGACAGGGAGGUUUGAGCCUUUUGAGCUUAAAACAGACCCCACUCCCCUCUCUUUCCCCCUUCCCUACUGAUCUGCCCUGAUCCGCAGCGCCGGAAACAAUCCCGCACCAGGAGUGAGAACUCUGACUACACGGAGAAGGAGAAAGAGAUGAUGGCCGAGAUUGAGCUGAGGAAGCUGCAGCAACAGUUCCGGAUCAUGGUGGAGAAUAGGAAGUCUUUUGGGAUCAAGACUCAACGGCAGUUGUUCCAGCAGGAGUAAGUGGGGCAGAGUUUUGCGAGGGGGCGGCCACAUGAAGGGACGGCCACAGGGACCAGAGGUGGGGAAGCUCAGGCACAGGGGCCAAAUGCGGACCCCGGGUCUCCCUGUUUGGCCCUCGGAACUAUCCCCAGGAGUAUAGUCCUUGCUUUUCAAGGGCAAAGGUGCCAAAUUCGUGUGUUUUUUUUGCCCCAGACCCCCACCUGUCCUGGCUCCCAUCUGAUGAAGGACAUGGAAUUACAUCACGGUUUCCACCAGAAGCUUUAAUGAUCACUGCAGAUGCGCUAUUGACAAAAAAAUAAAAUAAAAAAUCUCUCCUAUAGAAAAACUACGGAAAUGUUAGGUAAAGGUAAAGGGACCCCUGACCAUUAGGUCCAGUCGUGACCGACUCUGGGGUUGCAGCGCUCAUCUCACUUUAUUGGCCGAGGGAGCCGGCGUACAGCUUCCGGGUCAUGUGGCCAGCAUGACUAAGCUGCUUCUGGCGAACCAGAGCAGCGCACGGAAACGCCGUUUACCUUCCCGCCAGAGCGGUACCUAUUUAUCUACUUGCACUUUGACCUGCUUUCGAACUGCUAGGUUGGCAGGAGCAGGGACCGAGCAACGGGAGCUUACCCCGUCAUGGGGAUUCGAACUGCUGGCCCUCUGAUUGGCAAGUCCUAGGCUCUGUGGUUUAACCCACAGCACCACCCACGUCCCACUACGGAAACAUUAAGAAGGCAUUUAAAACUAAUCCUAAAGAAAAAGCAAUCUCAGCACAGUGGCGGCUCAUUUUCCCAACAACUCCUUGGGAACUCACCUCCCUCUUCUCCAUAGUGCACAUUCCUUAACCACCAUAUUGUACCUGUUCUGUUUGGGGCUGAAGGAAGGUCCUUGGUACAUAUUGCCACAUUGACUCAGAUCAAUCUCACCAGCCCCAGACCCCUUUUCCGGACUAGAUCCCCUCUUUCAGAUGCCCACUGGCAUUAAGACGAUAGCCUCCCACUAUGAGUUGGUUCCAGCGUCCAGUAUUUGAGGCGCACUGUUCCUGUACAUGGAGGCUCUGCUUUCGUUCCUGAUGGCCAUUGGCUGCCACUUUUUACGGAUCCACCCCAUCUCCUUUUAAAGCCAUGUAGGUGAACCCCACCCCCCUUGCACAUGCGUCCCGUUGUGCGGAGAAGUAUUACCAAACGCACGGCUCAGUUGUGAGCCUCCAUUGGUGCGUCUGUGCAGUGUUUGUUGUGAGGAUGCACACUCUUAACCCCUUUCCCUCCUCUGCCGCAGGAGGCAAAUCCACGCCUUGAAACAAGAGCACGACGAGAUCAAUUUACUUCUGAGCCUCACCAAGUCGCCUCGGAACCUUUUCAUCGACGACCGCAACUGCAUGGAGCUUAAAUUUCUUUUGCAGACCAAAGACGAGUAUGACGCCCUCAUCAGAGCCACCAAGGCCUUGAUCUCGGAACUGGAUGACAAGGUGCAUGGUGGGAAAUGGAAGGUGCAAGGUGCCGGGAGGGGUGUGAGGUCUGGUGCGCACACCCUGAAAUUGGCUUGUAUUUUUGGCUUUCUAGUUUGCUGCAAGCAGAAAGCCUAGAGUCAUAGUAUCAUAAAGGUAAGGGGACCCCUGACCAUUAGGUCCAGUCGUGACCGACUCUGGGGUUGCGGCUCUCAUCUCGCUUUAUUGGCCAAGGGAGCCGGCGUACAGCUUCCGGGUCAUGUGGCCAGCAUGACUAAGCUGCUUCUGGCGAACCAGAGCAGCGCACGGAAACGCCGUUUACCUUCCCGCCAGAGCGGUACCUAUUUAUCUACUUGCACUUUGAGGUGCUUUCGAACUGCUAGGUUGGGAGGAGCAGGGACCGAACAACGGGAGCUCACCCCGUCGCGGGGAUUCGAACCGCUGACCUUCUGAUUGGCAAGUUCUAGGCUCUGUGGUUUAACUCACAGCACCACCCGCGUCUUCAAGGCAGCUUACGUUCCUCCUAUUCAAAGCGGGUAAACUGGUCCUGAGCUAUCCAUAUAAAGGUCUUCAUGGAUCUCUUUUGUUUCAGAUCACGGAACUGGAGAACAAGAUUAAGAAACAGAAAAUGCUUGUCAUCAAAAUGAGGCAGGAGUAUGACGGCAGGUGGCUGCAGAAACAGAUCCAGCUCUUGGACAACCGACUCAACCACGUGAGCUGUGCCCCCCCCCCCCGCCUUUGCUGGUCCAGGCCCCCCCUCCUGAGUCCCACACCUUCUGCCUCUGCUGAGAACCAGAGUCUGCCUCCUCCGGGAGGUGGCAAUGAAAUAAUCUCACCCCCUGCGAAAAACAAACAUUAUAAACCCAGUUAAAAGCAGAGGGAACUGUUUAUAUUCUUGUGAUGGCCUGGGAUUCCGAUUCGGAGGAUGAAACAGAGGAAUCCCGGCCUGCACAGGAGUCCCCGCCUCCAGGGCCGGCUGAACUGGGGCAAGGCCUUGAUGCUGAAGAGCCUGCACCUGUGGCAGUGCAUCAGGAGCUGGCCCCAGGUGAAGCCCUUCGGGCCCCAGAGGGCUUGAUGACUCAGUGGCCACAGGUGAGCCUCCUCCAGGGCCCAGUAACCCUUCGGCCUCUCCUGAUCUGCAGAGGCUUAGGGCAGAGAGGCGAAGGGAACUGGUUGCCCCCAGGAGGAGUGCUCGCCUUAAGGCCAGAGGAGGCGGGCUCCUGGGGACCGGGACCGCCCCUGGCCUUAGAAGAGGAUAAAGCCCAGUCAGCCCGGCCCCAGGUUGCGGGAGCAACGUCGUUGUUGGCUUCGGACCUUCCUGUGUUCCUGAUCCCUGCUCGGCUUCCUGUUCCUGACUAUCCGGUACUCCUGUUCCCUGCUCGGCCUCCUGUUCCCGACCAUCCGGUGUUCCUGUUCCCUGCACAGCCUCCUGUUCCAGCAUUCCUGUUCCCCGCCCGGCUCUCUGCCUCGGACCUUGCCCCUCUUCGUGUGGACUCUGCUACACCCAAGGUACCUUACCCCCGGGACCAGCACAAUUCUGCUCCCAAGCUUCAGGGGAGCAUUCUGCAAUACAUACACACUGUGCUGGUCCCGUGGGUUACCCGAGAGGCGAGGUCCAAGUCCGGUCCGUGGUCAAAGGUGCAACGUGGAGGCAGUCCUUAGUAGCUGAAGCUGGGUGCAGGGCAGGGAGCUGGGUGAAGUCAGGGACAGGCAUGCAAGCAGGGAGCCAGGGCGGGUCAGGAGCUCAGGCAGGAAAGCAGGACAGGGUUCAGGCAGGAUCUAGCACCUAACAAUGUUGCUCCCGCAACUUGGGACUGGGGCUGGCUGGCUUUUAUCUGCCCCAAGGCCUAGGGCGGCCCCGAUCCUCUGGUGACUCACAUCUCCUGGCCUGGAGGCGAGCACUCCUCCUGUGGGAACUUAAUUCCCUCCGCCUCUCUGCCCUGAGCCUCUGCAGCUCAGGAGAGGCUGGAGGGUUACCGGACCCAGAGGCAACCUCAGCUUCCUCUGACGGGGCUGAGAGUGGAGCACCUGCAGGCAAUGGGUCCUCCAUCACCUCAGGAGCCAGAGCAGACUCAGCUGGUGCCUGCACCUGAGGACCCAGCACGGGUGAGGGCCCUUCAGGCUCAUGCCCCAGCCCCGGCUCAGCUGGUUCUGGAGGCAGGGAAUCCUGUGCAGGCUGGGAUUCCUCAGGUUCAGCAUCCGAGUCUGAAUCCCAGGCCAUCACACACACACGAGGGAAGGACCAGCAGACUUGUGGGGACCCCAGGUUUUGUAGAAGGACCCAUUUAUUUAUUUGGGGGCGGAAUCCCAAGGAGGAGAAAAUGUUGCACAAUAUCCCCAGAAGAUCUCAGUGGCACAGGAUCCUGAGAGUGGAGAGAAAAACUGGGUGGGAGGGAUGGGGGACCUCAGACCCAGGGGCCAAAUGUGGCCCUCCAAGGUUCUUUCUGGCCCUCAUGUCUCUCCCCAAGCCACAUUCCCUCUCUGUGGGUCACAACUCUCGCUACCUCUGCUCCACAUCUUCCUGGGAUGUGCCCUCGAAUUCCAGCCAAAGUAAACGUAUUAAAAAACAACACCCGAUCUAAAAUCACAACUAUUCCACGAGAUGGCACAGACUUAUGCCAAGGUGGUUCAGCACCUCUUUGCAGGAAGAAGGUUUUGCAGUUUAGGACAGUAAUAAUAAUAAUAAUAAUUUAUUAUUUAUACCCCACCCAUCUGGCUGGGUUUCCCCAGCCAUUCUGGGCGGCUUCCAACAAAACACUAAAAUACAAUAACCUAUUAAACAUUCAAAGCUUCCCUAAACAGGGCUACCUUUAGAUGUCUUCUAAAAGUUUGGUAGUUAUUUUUCUCUUUGACAUCUGAUGGGAAGGCAUUCCACAGGGCGGGCGCCACUACCGAGAAGGCCCUCUGCCUGGUUCCCUGUAACUUGGCUUCUCGCAGGGAGGGAACCACCAGAAGGCCCUUGGUGCUGGACCUCAGUGUCCGGGCUGGACGAUGGGGAUGGAGACGCUCCUUCAGGUAUACUGGACCGAGGCCGUUUAGGGCUUUAAAGGUCAGCACCAACACUUUGAAUUGUGCUCGGAAACGUACUGGGAGCCAAUGUAGGUCUUUCAAGACCGGUGUUAUGUGGUCCCGGCGGCCGCUCCCAGUCACCAGUCUGGCUGCCGCAUUCUGGAUUAGUUGUAGUUUCCGGGUCACCUUCAAAGGUAGCCCCACGUAGAGUGCAUUGCAGUAGUCCAAGCGAGAGAUAACUAGAGCAUGCACCACUCUGGCAAGACAGUCUGAAGGCAGGUAGGGUCUCAGCCUAUGUACCAGAUGGAGCUGAUAAACAGCUGCCCCGGACACAGAUUUGACCUGCGCCUCCAUGGACAGCUGUGAGUCCAGAAUGACUCCCAGGCUGCACACCUGGUCCUUCAGGGGCACAGUUACCCCAUUCAGGACCAGGGAGUCCUCCAUACCCACCCACCCCCUGUCCCCCCAAAACAGUACUUCUGUCUUGUCAGGAUUCAACCCCUUCCUCAUUUUGCUCUUUCCAGGUCACGGUGUAUUUUGACACCAUCCUGAUCACCAAUGCCAAACUCCGCGAGGAGAUAGAGAAUCUCCAGUGCCAGAAGUCUGUCUUCGAUACCAUCUACUCCCGGCUUCACAAACAGCUAGAACAGCAGAGGAAGACGAUGGACUUGUCUAUUGAGCAAUCGACGCAAGCCUAUGAGCAAAGGUGAGAGCAGCCGGUCCCAGGUUCAAAUCCCGCCAGGUUCAAAUCCUGGGAUCCGCCCUGCCCCCCACCCGAAACCCCAUAGAGAUGCUACCAGUCGUUGUUGUUGUUUAGUGGUUUAGUCAUUGUCCGACUCUUCGUGACCCCCUGGACCAGAGCACGCCAGGCACUCCUGUCUUCCACUGCCUCCCGCAGUUUGGUCAAACUCAUGCUGGUAGCUUCGAGAACACUGCCCAACCAUCUCGUCCUCUGUCAUCCCCUUCUCCUUGUGCCCUCCAUCUUUCCCAACAUCAGGGUCUAUUCCAAGAGUCUUCUUCUCAUGAAGUGGCCAAAGUAUUGGAGCCUCAGCUUCAGGAUCUGUCCUUCCAGUGAGCACUCAGGGCUGAUUUCCUUCAGAAUGGAUAGGUCUGAUCUUCUUGCAGUCCAUGGGACUCUCAAGAGUCUCCUCCAGCACCAUAAUUCAAAAACCAGUCAAUGUAGACAACACUGAACCAGAUGGGUCAGUGGUGUGACUGUUAAAAGCAGCAUCCCUGUGUUCCUGUCUUAUUUCUGAACAUGCAUUUUCCUGCAUUGCAGGGGGUUGGACUAGAUGACCUUUGGGGACCCCCUUCCAACUGUCUGAUUCUAUGAUUUCCCCGUCACCACCACUUCUGCCCGCUUCUAGGGUGGAGGCCCUUGCCAGGAUCUCUGCGAUGAAGGAGCGGCGCUGCAAGGACAUUGCGCAGUUCAACAUUGAGUUUCGGGAGCUGGAGCGGAUCUACAACCACGAGACCAAGCUGAAGGCGUUCAUGCUCAUCAAGCUGGUGGACCGCUCGGAAUUUGAGGAGCAGGCCAAAAAGGAAGAAGGUACCACGCGUUGUUGUAAACAAAAAUCUGCCCUUUCCCCCCCUUAUGGGGAAUCCAAGAGCCCAUAUAGAGUCCUUAAGUGGGUUCCCUAUCCGUAGGAGAACAUAACAGAGGCCAACCAGAGAAUAUUGAGAAGCAAAGCAGCUAGUAAGCCUGAUCUUUAUUGAUCUGUUGCAACAGGGUCCUCACUCACUACACGCAGGAGGGAGGAGGAACCCAGAACAAUGGUGUGCAAGCCCUUCUAAAGACUUUUGAAAUUGCCCACCCUGUAGCUCAAGACCACCCCAAAAAACAUCAUACAUACAUCACAGAAGGAGGCGGUCUACAACAGAAAUCCUGUUUGCCAGGAUACCUGUUAAUGGUCGCUGAUUGCUUUACCUGGGCAGCCUGGCCAUUCUUUUGUGAUGGUUAAUACUUUUAGUUCCUGAAUCCAGGUCAUGGGCUCACCUUAUUCAUACACAAAUACGUCUUUCAGACAAGAUUUGUAAGCAAAAAGACAAAGGGAAGGUUUUCCUCAUUUCCUCCCUCCUUGCAGAUAAAUAUAUUGAGGUCGAUUUGGGAGAGUAAAAAUGGCUUCAGGAUUGCUCUCCUGUACUAUUUCAGACAUGUGGUUUAUAUACUUGUGUGUGUGUUUGCCUUGUACAUUUAUAAACAUUUAUUUUAUAUUUGGGACUUUAGAAUUCUUACAACAAUAUGCUUUAAAGUUAUGAUUUAAAGGCUUGCUGAUGACACUCCUGUAUUUAUGAAAAGAAUAGAUUUAAAAUUUCUGCUGUUAGGGUCUGCUUUGUAUAUUUUAGCCAGUUGCUCAGCCUUUGGGCCCCUGAAUGUGUGAAGCAGAACACACUGGCUGCUGAAAGCGAGAGGACGGAUUCUGUGGGCGGUAUUCAGUCAUGGUGCAGUCAUGAAACUGGCUCUUAUCCCAGCCUGUUUGGUUGCUUGACACCACAGCUUCCAUGACUUUAAAUUUCAGCUCCUUAAUUGCUGCCUUUAGUGGGUUGAGCAAUUGAUGAUGAUGAUAAUAAUAAUAAUAAUAAUAAUAAUAAUAAUAAUAAAAUUUUAUUUAUAUCCCGCCCUCCCCAGCCAAAGCCGGGCUCAGAGCAGCUAACAACAGUAAAAUAAUACAGCAUUCUAAAAUCAAUUCAUCAUAAAAUCAGUUCAAAUCAAAUUGAUGGCAACCAUUGGGCUAGAGUUCUGUGAAGAGGGGGGUCAGACUAUGCCUUGGCCAAAGGCCUGGUGGAACAGCUCUGUCUUGCAGGCCCUGCAGAAAGAUGUCAAGUCCCGCAGCGCCCUAGUCUCUUGUGACAGAGCGUUCCCCCAGAUCGGGGCCACAGCUGAAAAAGCCCUGGCUCUGGUUGAGGCCAGCCUAACAUCCCUGUGGCCCGGGACCUCCAAGAUGUUUUUGUUUGAAGACCGUAAGAUCCUCCGUGGGACAUACCAGGAGAGGCAGUCCUGUAGGUACGAGGGUCCUAGGCCAUAUAGGGCUUUAAAGGUUAAAACCAGCACCUUAAACCUGAUCCUGUACUCCACUAGGAGUCAGUGCAGCUGGUAUUGCACCCGGUGAAUGUGAUCCUGCAGUGAUGUUUUUUCAUGAGUGUUGUGAGUCAGUGGGAGCAAGUUAACCGGCUUGAUGCCCGAGGCUCCUGCAAUUCUUGGGGUCCCGGAUCCAACAAGGGUCAAAAAUCAAAUGGAGGAUUCCGCUGUUGAGUUAGCCAAGCAAAGGGCACAAGAUCCACCUAAGUAUAGUCCUUUGUAGAACAAAGGAAGUAGCUUUGUGCCGGAGGGCAAAUGGGUGGGUCCCCUCCUUCACCUGGCUGGUGGUGAGAAAGACCAAGACAAACAAUCCAGUACAGAUUGUUUUUAUUUCUUUUUUUUUUACUACUAGGAUUGUUUUAUAAAAUUGAUGAAUGUUAGAAAAAUGUUGGAACGAAAUUACUUGGCUUUAGCAAAAAUGUUUAAAGAAUUAUGUAAGAAUAUUAUGGUUAUGAGAAGUUGGUAAAAAUAAGAUUUAAGUUUUAAGCUUUAAGGUUCUUUAUAGUAAGAUAAGAUUAAAAUAGAUUAAGGUAAUGUAAUGACGGAAUAUUAUGAAAUAUGGAAAGGAUUUGCUGCGACAGUUAACAACCAGGAUACAAAAAAAGGGAGGAGGAGGAGGUCAAAGAAAGAAGGUAAUGACAGUUGAGGAUUCGAGAAUGAUGGAUUUGUUUUUGAGUGUUUGUGGUGUAUUUUUGUUUUUUGAAUUUGUAUUGUUUGAUGUGGUUUGUUUUUUCUUUGUUUUUUCUUUCUUUUUUUUCUGCUUUGUUCUCUUUUGUAAUUUUAAAAAUUUUCAAUAAAUAUCAUUUUAAAAAAGAAAAGAAAGAAAGACCAAGACAAAGAGUGUGUGUGAUCUGAGCCCGAAAAGGCAGAAGCCAGAGAGAGAGCCAUGCUUGAUUUCUGUUUAAAUCCAGGCCUGUGGCUAUGGGAGAAGCAAGACCUUCUUGGGGCGUUAAUGCUAUGAACCCCUCUAUCUUAGGCUCAGGUUGUAUAUACGUGUAAAUAAACCAUAGUCUCUGCUGUCCCACAUUCUGCAAGGAAACACGAACCUGUCAGGAAUGAGCCAGCUCCCAGUGAAGGUUUGCAGCCAACUGCAGAAAGCAGCCAGGAACAGGGAGACUUAGAUGUUAGGCAGGGGAGAGCCGGCCGCUGCAGACUGCUGCUCUUCCUGACCUUGAUGGGUGAUAAGGCAGUGGCUGAGAGCAGGCUAGAACACAGCCAAAGCUCGUAGGAAGCACAAAAAGGUGUGAAGAGUCUCAGAGGCAGCCUCUCAGAUCAGGGAGAGAGUGGAGCUGAUCCACUCAGUCCAAAGAGUCGGUGAAUGGGAGGGCUGCUAGACAGGAAGCAAAACAAGAGACGUGAGAGUGGUAAGUUCAAUAUCUUCUGUAGAUCCCGGAAGGAAUCUUCAGAAGGGUCAUCUUGAGUAAUGAUGCUGGAGGCUUUGUUAGAGCCGUCCGGAGUUAUCUGUUUGUCUUGGCAAUAAAUCCUCCUUUUUAAUUAUGUACGCUUACUGUGUUAUCAAUCUGGGAACCUGGACUCCUGAUGGAUCCCUGGGUAAGUGCCUGGAACCCCCUGGAGCCUUGCACCCCUCAGAGAUUGAGGUGGCAAGAGACAAUUUUAUGAACCCUCCCCCUUGAAUCCCUUCCAGCUCUCAAGGCCAAGAAGCGAGCCAAGACCAAGGGGGAGAGCUUUGAGAGUUACGAGGUUGCCUACAUGCGACUGCUGAAGCUGACGGAAAACGGGGACAUAGACCUGCUGGUGGAGGAUUUCAUUGAGAAGGAGGAGAAGAACUUUGCCUACUUCAGCUAUGUCACCGAACUGAACAACGACAUGGAGAGGCUGCAGAAAAGGAUUGAAGACAUCCAGGUCUCCUCUCUGCCCUCCCCCCUCUUCCUACGCCCCUCACUGGUCCCUGGUCCUCUGGCCCUGGCUCCCCAAGCUGGGCUCUGGGCUCGGUUUGCUACAAGGCCACAUUCAAGAUGCUGGUACUGCCAUCUAAGGCCCUGCGCAGCUCAGAAGCGGGUUGCUUAAGAAAUGGCCUCCAUCCUUGUACAGUCAUACCUCGGGUUACAGAUGCUUCAGGUUGCGGUUUUUUGGGUUAUGGACGUGCCGAAACCCAGAAGUACCGUAACAGGUUACUUCUGGGUUUUGGCGGUCACGCAUAUAUAAUAAUAAUUUAUUAUUUGUACCCCGCCCAUCUGGCUGGGUUUCCCCAGCCACUCUGGGCGGCUUCCAUAGAAACCAAAAAUACACUAAAAUAUCACACGUUAAAAACUUCCCUGAACUUCUGAAUGUCAGGUAGUUGUUUAUCGCUUUGACAUCUGUUGGGAGGGCGUUCCACAGGGCGGGUGCCACCACCGAGAAGGCCCUCUGCCUGGUUCCCUGUAGCUUUGCUUCUCGCAGUGAGGGAACCGCCAGAAGGCCCUCGGCGCUGGACCUCAGCGUCUGGGCAGAAUGAUGGGGUUGGAGACGCUAAAUUGUGCUUUGCGCAUGCGCAGAAGACCAAAUCACAACCGGCGCAUGCACAGACACGGCGCUGCGGGUUGCGAAUGUGUCUCCUGCACGGAUCACGUUUGCAAACCGAGCGUCCACUGUACUUCCCAGAAGCAGUCAAGGACAUUUUUGUUCUAACAGGUUUUCCCAGCUAGAUAAGAGGGUCUACAAGUCUCUACUUGUUAGGGUUUUUGUUUUGCUUUAAGCCAGUGUUUCCCAGACUUGGGUCACCAGCUGUUUUCGGACUACAACUCCUAUCAUCCCUAGGAAGCAGGUCAGGGAUGGUGGGAGUUGUAGUCUUAAAAACACCUGGAGACCUAAAUUUGGGAAACACUGUUUUAAACGUCCUUUUUUGUGUGUUUUUAAGUGUUUUUAACUAUUUUAUGUGUAAAUUGCCUUGAGAUGGUGGCUUGGGAGGUGAUUAAGAAAUCAGUUGCAAUAAUAAUAAAAUAAAGAAUGUGCGUGAGAGAAAUAUUUCAGGAGCUAAAAUUGACUCAUUGCUGCCACCAUGUAGCCAGUGAAGGGACUACAAGAUGGCUAAACCUCUCUAUCACCACCAACUACUCUUUUGGUUGGGAGUUGGACCAUAGCUGUCAACGUUUCCCUUUUUUAAAGGGAAAUUCCCUUAUUCCGAUUAGGAUUCCUCGCAAGAAAAGGGAAAAGUUGACAGCUAUGAGUUGGACCAAACCACUUGAUGUACGCUCUCAAAAUGCUUUCACCAACACCCACCCAUGAAUCCUGGAAUGCGUACCAGAUUCCUUCUAAAAAGGAGCCUGCAACAUCGACAGCUACCGGAACAAAAACAGAAUUCUCUGAUUAAUCCAUCCAUUAAAAUAUUUUAUCUUGUUAUUUCCAUUUGCUUAUACAUAUUCAUGCAAAGGAUGAAAGGGAAAAAAUAAAACAAAUAAAAACUAUAAGCAUGCAAAGGAGUAAAAUAUUUUACUCUGAUUAAUCACCAGCUAUGCUAUAUUAUCAUCAAUACCCAUGGAAAUUAAUGGACCUACAGUCCUUAAUAAUUAUACAACCUAGGCAGGGGGCACCAACUCUUUUGGGCCCCUGCGUGCAUAAGUGGAUAUCUAUUGGCAACAGACGGUUUCUUCUUUCAAGACUAGCAUUGCACUCAGGUGGCACAUAAUUCCAACUUUUCUUUACCUAUUAGUUUUCACAUUUUAUGUGAUCUUUCAGAGGAAGUGAGAUCGAGGACUCAGCUAUACAGCUGCAAAUAAAACGUGUGUUGUAAGGUGCAUUAUACAAAUGCGACACUAGAUGGCGAUGGUGAGCUGUGGCAAAUUCAAUAUAUUUUUCAAAACGUUUCUUUAAAAAAGCACUUUCACAAUUUUUAAAAUAUGUGCCUAGAUUCCACCCUACUUCUGGAAAUCUAGCGCGGUUGGAGCGACACCCAUAGGAUAAAGGGAGGAGCUACGUAUGUUGCGCCACCCACUUUUGCCCCUGGCCCCGCCCACCAGCUGCAUGUGGGCCCCCGGAAACUUACCAAUGAGAAAAUAUGGCCCUCACAAUUUUUUGGGGAAAGGUUCUGGACUCUCUGCCUGAGCCCCUUUGUGCCCUUCUGUGUUCUGUAGAAUGAAAUCAGCAAGCUGAAAUCCGAGCACAAGAAGGCGGAAGACAUCGUUCACAGCAACAUGAAAGAAGUGGAGGUAAAUGGGGCACAUGUGGGGCUGACCUGGGGGGUCCCGUCGCUGUGGGGAAAGGCUGCAACGUUUGGGACUUUUGAGUCCCAUAGCUCAGAGGCAGCGUGUCCCGGGUUCAAUGCCCAGUGGCAUCUCCCGGGAGGGGUUGAGAGCUGCUAUCAGUCAACGCAGACAGUGCCAGAUUUACAUAUAAGCUAAACAAGCUAUAGCUUGGGGCCCCACUCUCUUGGGGGCCUGGGGCGCGGGUGGCGCUGUGGGUUAAAUCACAGAACCUAGGACUUGCUGAUCAGAAGGUCGGCAGUUCGAAUCCCCACGAUGGGGUGAGCUCCCAUUGCUCGGUCCCUGCUCCUGCCAACCUAGCAGUUCGAAAGCACGUCAAAGUGCAAGUAGAUAAAUAGGUACCGCUCCGGCAGGAAGGUACACGGCGUUUCCGUGCGCUGCUCUGGUUCACCAGAAGCGGUUUAGUCAUGCUGGCCACAUGACCUGGAAGCUGUACGCCGGCUCCCUUGGCCAAUAAAGCGAGAUGAGCGCCGCAACCCCAGAGUUGGCCACGACUGGACCUAAUGGUCAGGGGUCCCUUUACCUUUACCCCUGACUGUUAGGUCCAGUCGCGGACAACUCUGGGGUUGCGCGCUCAUCUUGCUCUAUAGGCCGAGGGAGCCGGCGUUUGUCCGCAGACAGCUUCUGGGUCAUAUGGCCAGCAUGACUAAGCCGCUUCUGGAGAACCAGAGCAGCGCAUGGAAACGCUGUUUACCUUCCCACCGGAGUGGUACCUAUUUAUCUACUUGCACUUGACGUGCUUUCGAACUGCUAGGUUGGCAGGAGCAGGGACCGAACAACGGGAGCUCAACCUUAAAAGGGAACAGGCAUAACUGUUGUGUGUCACAUGCCUGUUUACUUCCAGCACAGUCUAGGAACUUCCGUUUGUAUAUAGCUUUUGUAUUGCUGCUGUUUUGCUGGACACGAAGGGAAGCAGACAUGUUUUUUCCUUUGUUCCUGCUGCUGAAUAAAGUGCUGUAAUAUACUGCUUACACAUGGCUCUGUCCGCCUCUUCUGCUGUGAGAAGAUUUACACACUCUGCUGAUAGAGCGUGCACGGGUCUCUAAACGUAUCUGAGGCUCAUGUCGCUGAUUGAUGCUGUUCCAAGGGAGACCAGUGAUCGUCCGGCUGCCGGCCGGUGGCUGGAGCCAGCUGGGGGCCUGCCUGAUGCCCCCAUCUCCCCGGCAGUAUCCCAACAGCCCUGAUGUUAUGUACUGAGUUGAAUAGGAUCCAAAAGGCAGCAGUCUGAUUGGUCCUAGAACAAUAGGAUUCAGAAUGCAGCAGUCUGAUUGGUCCUAGAACAAUAGGGUCCAUAAUGCAGCAGUCUGAUUGGUCCACAGGAGCCACCCAAUCCAGGUCCAGGUGGAAUUGAAUCCGCAACCUGAUUGGCCUACAGGUGAAUCCUGGAAUUAGCCAAUCAAGUGGGGCCCAUUGUGUAAAUAAUGUAUAUAAAGCAGACAUUCUGGGGGAACUUCCAUUCCUCCUCACCGCUAUGAGCUGAAUAAAGAGCAUGAAAUCCACUCUCGACUCCGAGUAUAUUUCACCUGACCACCUCUCCUUUGGCCCGCAGGAUAAGCUGCAGAAGACCACGGAAGAUGCCAACCUGUACGAGUACAAGCUGAAAGAGAACAGCAAGAUCUUGGACCAGCUAAAGCAGGCGGUGGACUUCCUGUUCAAGGAAACGGGCUGCGAUGCCACCAAGAUCAGGGAGCACCUGGGCGAGACGGGGGAGAUCACAGAUCAGAACCUGAUGCAGUAUUUCAGUGAGUGAUGGGACCCUGUUGUUGUUGUUGUUGUUGUUGUUGUUGUUGUGUUGUUGUUGAGUCGUUUAGUCAUGUCCGACUCUUUGUGACACCCUGGAACAGAGUACGCCAGGCACUCCUGUCUUCCACUGCCUCCCGCAAUUUGGUCAAACUCAUGCUGGUAGGUUCGAGAACACUGUCCCACCACCUCGUCCUCUGUCAUCCCCUUCUCCUUGUGCUCUCCAUCUUUCCCAACAUCAGGGUCUUUCCCAGGGAGUCUUCUCUUCUCAUGAGGUGAGUAUUGGAGCCUCAGCUUCAGGAUCUGUCCUUCCAGUGAGCACUCAGGGCUGAUUUCCUUCAGAAUGGAUCGGUCUGAUCUUCUUGCAGUCCAUGGGACUCUCAAGAGUCUCCUCCAGCACCAUAAUUCAAAAGCAUCAAUUCUUCGGCGAUCAGUCUUCUUUAUGGUCCAGCUCUCACUUCCAUACAUCACUACUGGGAAAACCAUAGCUUGAACUAUACAGACCUUUGCUGGAAAAGUGAUGUCUCUUCUUUUUAAGAUGCUGUCUAGAUUUGUCAUUUGUCAUUCUCCCAAGAAGCAGGCGUCUUCUAAUUUUGUGGCUGCUGUCACCAUCUGUAGUGAUCAUGGAGCCCAAGAAAGUAAAAUCUCUCACUGCCUCCAUUUCUUCCCCUUCUAUUUGCCAGGAAGUGAUGGGCCCAGUGGCCAUGAUCUUAGUUUUUUUGAUGUUGAGCUUCAGACCAUAUUUAGACUAUAUCCAGACCAUAUCCAGACAGUGCCCUAGACCAGGCCCAUCUCUUGGGUUGCUUCUGCAAUGGACCCAGAUGCACACCAGACACCAAAAAGCAUCAUGGGGCUGGCAACACCUCUGCAGGCACAGGAUCUUUCCCUGGAGAUGCCACUAGGAUUUGAACCUGGGACCGUCUGCCUGCAAGGGAGGCACUCUGCCACUGACCUAUGGCCAUAUCCCUGGAAAUCUCCAUUGGGCAAGAACGUUCCACGUUGUUGGAAUCCAUUGUCCAGUAGCUCCAGCAGGAAGCAAGGCCCUCUGCUAGAAAUGAUGGGAGUUUUAGUCUAGCAAGAUGUUUGAAGCUCUCUACCUUGCUUUGGGAGCAAGGAGCUCUCUGCAUGCUGUUUCUGGAGGUCCCAGGAUGCUCUUGCAAGAUCUUGAGGGGCUGUCAGGAACAUCCCAGACCUGGUGCUCAGAGAGGGCCUUGCUUCCCAAGUAAGGUGGGGAGCUUAAAAGGUUUUUCUGGACCAGGAAAACCCAUCGCAAAAAGAGCGUUUAAGCUCUCUGCCUUACUUGCAUUUAAUUUGUGGGAUUUCAGCCCUUCAAGCAGCCUUCAACCAUGUAUGGUUGAAAUGGCACAAGUUAAAUGUGUGUUAAGUUAAACGAGUUACAGGUAGGUAGCCAUGUUGGUCUGCUGUAGUCGAAACAAAAUAAAAUAAAUAAAAUAAAAUAAUAGAAAAAUUCCUUCCAGUAGCACCUUAGAGACCAACUAAGUUAGUUAUUGGUAUGAGUUUUUUUGUGCAUGCGAUGCGUGUUAAGUAAUCUUACAAUUGCCACAUUGGCCUCACUUUUUCCCCAAAUUCCAACUGCGGAAAGUUAAAGUGCGGCUUAUAUUUGCGACCUUACAGUAUGCAGCCAGGAGCAGCGAGGAAGGGAGCAACUUAUAUUGGGGUAUUUUUUAUUUUUUAUUCCCCCCCAUCAAUUUUAAAGGUGCUGCUUGUAUUUGGGUGCGGCUUAUAUUCAGGCCAAUACGGUAUAAUCAUAAUAGUGGAUGCAUUGCAAGAAGCAAUGCAGAUCUGCUUGUGUUUCCUUUCAGCUCGAUCUACUUUUCCCUGUGCACAGGCGCGGGCAAAUGAUUCGUGGUCAACUUAAGCUGUGUUUUCUGUGAAGUCCCAUUGUACAACACGGAGCUUGCAUGCCAUUCUCUUGAAGCAACUUGUGAUUUUCAGUGCUCCUACAUGCUUAGCUUUGGGAAAGACAGUGGUUAAAAAGACUCCCUUGCAUGCAGAUUCUGUAGCUCCAGGACACUGGCGACUGUGGGAACUAUGGGAUGUGAUCCAUGAGAGCCAGUCAAGUACAACAUUCCUUGUAAUGCUAGAGAAGACAUGCGAGGGAAUGUUUGGUCCAGCCAGUCAAAACUUCCUGUUCCUCCUGGCUGGAGCAUCCUUCCUUUUGCAUGUGAUAGAAGGUGGGCGUGACCUUACCUGUCCAGGUAACAAAAGGACAAGUCACGCAGCACACCUCUCUCUUUUUGACUUCCUUCUUCGUUUGACCAGCUUUUAGCUAGGACUGCUCUGCUAGCCCUCAGCUAGCAGAAGCACUGGGAUUAUCACCCCAUAUGGGGUAGAUCCACAUGUACAUAUCGGUAACUAAGUCUGCCUUCAGGAAUCCAACUGUGAACUGAUGUGAGUAAACUUCUUUUGUUGACUUUGAAUAAGAUUGCCGUGUCUUUAUUCUUUUAAGAGGGAUUCAAGGGAAUUUACCAGGAACGUACAAUUCAAUCUGAGACAGGUUGAAUUGUGCAAUAGUGAGAGGCUCACACGAGCCUGCAACCAGCUAUCUGCUGUGCAUGUAAAAAGGGGGAUGUAAAGUCUGCUAAGUAAAGGAACUUGCUAACGCAAGUUAGGAAGGAUAUUAAUAAACAAUAUACCCUCUCCUGCCACUCUGAGCAUUCCCACAGAAACAGCAAGGCGUCUUUGACCCCUGGUGACCUCCAGCCAAUAGGCCACUGCUCCUGAAGUACACCACUUGUCUCCUCCCUUCAGGCAUCGUGGAGAAGAAAAGCAACGACCUCUUGCUGAUCGAAUCUUUCCUGCGUUACAAGGAGCUGGAGGGGGAGCUGGACUCGGUCCCCAUGCUGAACCCCUUUUUGGGCGGCUCCGCCUUCCUGAAGAAACUGGAGACCAUUAAGAUUGCGCCACCUUCUCUCAGCGUCGAUCCCUUCGCAGAGACGCUGGAGCCCUGUAAGUAACUGUGGCUCUGAUGCAGAGGACGGUGAUGCAAAACAUUUCUAGAUGCUCUCAAUAUAUGCAGCAGGCCUGCAGUCGGGGGUGAAACGAGGCUCUAUUUCACCUGGGUCAAAGACCCAGUUUGGUACCAACACCACCCCACACAUUUGUGUACACACACACACAGGCUGGCAGCCCUCUGGAGGCUUCACCGGGGGCAAAAAACCUGGCUAGGUCCCCCAUAGCUACGACUCUGCCUGCAGCUUACAUGUGAUUUACUUGCACAAUUUGGGGGGGGGACAAAUAACAAUAAUAAUAUAUUUUUAUUUAUACCCCACCUGUCUGGCUGGGUUUAUCCAGCCACUCUGAGUGGCUCCCAACAGAAUAUUAAAAAUAGAAUCAAACAUUAAAAAAUUCCCUAAACAUCCUUCAGAUGUCUUCUAAAAGUCAGAUAGUUGUUUAUUUCCUUGACAUCUGAUGGGAGGGAGUUCCACAGGGUGGGCGCCGCUACCGAGAAGGCCCUCUGCCUGGUUCCCUGUAACCUCGCUUCUCGCAGGGAGGGAACCGCCGGAAGGCCCUCGGAGCUGGACCUCAGUGUCCGGGCUGAACGAUGGGGGUGGAGACGCUCCUUCAGGUAUACUGGGCCGAGGCUGUUGAGGGCUUUAAAGGUCAGCAACAACACUUUGAAUUGUGCUUGGAAAAUGUACUGGGAGCCAAUGUAGGUCUUUCAGGACUGGUUUUAUAUGGUCUCGGUGGCCACUCCCUGUCACCAGUCUCGCUGCUGCAUUCUGGAUUAGUUGCAAUUUCUGGGUCACCUUCAAAGGUAGCCCCACAUAGAGCACAUUGCAGUAGUCCAAGCAGGAAGUAACCAGAGCAUGCACACUCUGGAGAGGCAGUCUGCAGGCAGGUAUGGUCUCAGCCUGCGUACCAGAUGGAGCUGGUAGACAGCUGCCCUGGAUACAAAAUUAACCUGCACCUCCAUGGACAGCUGUGAGUCCAAAAUGAUUCCCAGGCUGUGCACCUGGUCCUUCAGGGGCACAGUUGCCCCAUUCAGGACCAGGGAGUCCUCCACACCCACCCCCUCCUGUCCCCCCAAAACAGUACUUCUAUCUUGUCCAGAUAGAUGUCGCCGCCAUCCAUCCUCCAACCGGCUCCACUCACUCACACAGCCUUCGCUGAUUCUGAUUUGAAAGAGAAGUAGAGCUGGGUAUCAUCCGCAUACUGAGGAACACCCAGCCCAACCCCACUGAUGAACUCUCCCAGUGGCUUCAUAUAGAUGUUAAAAAGCAUGGGGGAGAGGACAGAACCCAGAGGCACCCCACAAGUGAGGGCCCAGGGAUCUGAACACUCAUCCUCCAUCACCACUUUCUGGACACGGCCCAGGAGGAAGGAGCGAAACCACUGUAUAACAGUGCCCCCAGCUUCCAGCUCCUCUAGAUGGUUCAGAAGGAUGUUAUGGUUGAUGGUAUCAAAGGCCACUGAGAGAUCCAGCAGAACUAGGAAACAGCUUUCACCUUCGUCCCUAGCCCCCUGGAGAUCAUCGGCCAGUGCAACCAAGCAAACAAAUGCAGAGCUAGGUAGGGGAGAAUGGACAGUGGGAAGAGGCCAUCCAAGAUCUCACGUGACCAUCCCAGAACCCUGUGAGCAAGGAGGAGGGCUUAAAAAGCUCUUUCCUUGCGGGGGUUUCUCGUCACUGAAAGAGUUUUCAAGCCCUCCACUUUGUCUACUAGGCUCCGGGAAGGCCCCACAAUGCCUCUGGGCAGCUCGUGAGUCAACCCGCAGCCUUCUAGAAGCCUUGCAUGGCCAUCCCAGAGUGUGGCGAGGAAGGGAUAGUCUCCAUGGACAGGGAAUGAUGCUCCUGAACACCAGAGCAUCUCCUGCUGCCAGCUGGCCUCCGCUGCCACCAGUCCUGUUUAGCAAAGGGGGAAGUGAAAUGCAAGUGAGAGGUUGGCCAACCAGCAGAUCGUUUCCUGAUCUUUCCCAAGGAAGACCCAAGUUUACGACGAGCUGAGCAAGGGGACGAGGGGGUCUUACUGGUCAUCUGAAGCAAGCUUGAGACUGGGCGGAGGGUGAGGAGGAGCAGGUGGCCAGGGGCUCAAAUUCCGUUUUGUUGCAAGCUGUAAUUAAAAACCAAGCCUAAUGUUGCGGAUUCCACCUCUAAGCUGCAACCCCUUGAAUUUCCCAACAGUGGAGGGUCCUCUGGACCACAGCACCCUGCGGGCCAUGAUCCUGGAGAACCUGGAGAGGGAGAAGAUGAAAUCGCUUAAAAGCUCGGUGGAGAGAAUGGAGGCCAGCCGAGAAAAGAAGAAGUAUUCCACCUUACCCUAA